AUGAAUGAUUUUGAAAAAAGAAAAUGCCAUGAAUUAAUCAGUGAUAUGUUCCGUAAAGACCUUACAAGACCAUUUCGUGAGAAAGUUGAUCCUGAAAGAGAUGGAGCUCCCGAUUAUUUGGAAAUAGUUAAGCAGCCAAUGGAUUUAUCAACCGUUAAAAAGAAAUUAGCAGCUGGAGAAUAUAAAACAAUCGAUUUAUUUACAAGUGACGUUAAUUUAAUCUGGAAAAAUGCAAAACUUUAUAAUGAAGAAGGAACUCUCUUGCAUUUAAUAGCUAGAGAACUUGAAGAAUGGUUUGCAAAUAAGAUUGCAAAGUUACCAAGAAAUAAAGAAGAAGAAUGGAUGCUUCAAUUAUUAAAAUCUUCCCAAAGAAUGUCAAUUUUAGCACAUCAUGUACCACAAUCUAUAGUACCAAUGUCAGAACAUCCUUUACCAGUCGAACCUCCUAAAGUUGAACAAAUUACUGUUGUUAAUGAACAAAAUACAGAAACAAAACCAGAAGAAGUCAAAGAACCUCCACCACAAACACCUCAACCUACAGAAGCACAACCAGAACCACCACAAGCUCCACCUGCCGAGCAGCCGGCUGCUGAACAACCUCAAGAAACUGUUUCGAAUCCAGAACCAGCUCCAGAAGCAGCGAAAGAACCUGAGGCUGCUCCUGCUGAGAAACAAGAGGAAGAAAAACCAAAAGAAGUUAUUGUUGUUGAAUAA